CGGUUUGCCAGCCGCGGGAGUGACACACUAAUUCAAACGCGUGUCAGGCGUCUGCGCAGUCGGGUUGGGCGCAGUUCGUACUCGAGACGGAAGCGGAGUUUCCGGCUCUUUGCUACCGACUGAGAGGAGUGCUGACGCCGCCAAGCCCCAACGAAAAAGCCCUUUGCUCUUCGGAAAACGUGCACUUGAUCGUCGGUUAUAAUAUCGUCGCAUCUGGGCUCGCUCUUGGUUCGGUCCGGACCCAGGGUUCGGUUCGGGGAGAGCAGAGGAGAGGCGCGGAGCUAACAAGGCAGGGGUGACCCACCAACUACCGGCAUGGCCCGCGACUACGAUUACCUCUUUAAGCUGCUCAUCAUCGGGGACAGCGGGGUGGGCAAGAGCAGCCUUCUGUUGCGAUUCGCAGACAACACAUUUUCAGGUAGCUACAUCACCACGAUCGGCGUGGACUUUAAGAUCCGGACGGUGGAGAUCAACGGGGAGAAGGUGAAGCUGCAGAUCUGGGACACGGCCGGACAGGAGCGCUUCCGCACCAUCACUUCCACGUACUACAGGGGGACACACGGGGUCAUAGUGGUGUACGACGUCUCCAGCGCCGAGUCCUUCGUCAACGUCAAGCGAUGGCUGCACGAGAUCAACCAGAACUGCGACGACGUGUGUCGGAUAUUAGUGGGGAACAAGAACGACGACCCCAACUCAAAAGUGGUGGAGACGAACGACGCUCAGAAGUUUGCGGAGCAGAUGGACAUCCGGCUCUUCGAGACGAGCGCAAAGGAAAACGUCAACGUAGAAGAGAUGUUUAACUGCAUCACAGAGCUGGUCCUUCGGGCGAAGAAGGAGUCGGUGGCCAAGCAGCAGCAGCAGCAGAACGACGUCGUGAAGCUGACCAAGAACAGCAAACGCAAGAAGAAGUGUUGCUAAUGCCACACACACACACACACACACACACACACAUACAUGCAUACACAGACGGACAUACAUGCAUACACAAACACACAUUCAUGCAUAUACAAACACCUUCACACACAGAAACACCUUCACAGACCGACACACACACACACACACACACUGUACACACACAAACACAACAGAACUACCAUCAGCUGAAAUCCCAUUGAGUGAGUGUGGAGAAAGGACCGAGCGUUUAAAUUGGAGCAGCGAGCUGAAAGGAGACAAAGGAGACUCACACUGACUCAUGAAGGGACGCACCAGUGAUGGACAGAUUCCACUGGUCUGGAGGAGAGCGAGUUCUCCUCCCGUUCCUUGAGAAUGAGUGCCCAGAUCUCUGCUUUGUCAACACCCCCCCUACCCCCCCGCCAACUUUCCAGCCGUUUCUCAGCCGGAAGAUUACAAUGAUGAUGAUGAUGAUGAUGAUGAUUCUGAGGUGUUUGAAUUCUUACCCUUGUUUUGUUAUUUUGGCUUGCGUUAUUUUGAAGUAAAGGUUGCGGAGAGUAGAGUGUCCACAGCGAGUAGUUUGAUACAUGCUCACACACACACACACACACACACACACCCCACCUGCCCCAGACAUGAUUGCCUCCUCGAUCCGCUUGGUGUUUGGGAGACAGAUGCCAACUCAUUACCCAUCCCGGGAGGUUUGCUUUUAAAACUUUUAACGACGACAACGUUGGACUGACAGGCUGAACUUUUGUCAUUGCUUGUUCUGCGUCAGGUCAGUCCACUGGACUGAACGCUGUUAGUUUGCUUUGUUUUCUUUAGGUUUUUUCCCCUCUUUUGUUGCCAAGUGUAUUAACUUAACACCCCCCCCCCCCCAUGCCCCGUUGACCCCUGGCGUGAUGCCCUUCGCGCCACCUGAUCACUGCAGUCUUAUUGCGCCGUAGACACCUUUUUUUGUCCGUCACGGUUUUCCAUUGGACAACAGCGAUACUGCCAUCUGCUCCACAAGGAACUACAAGACAGACAGACAGACAGGCGGACCCCCUCUGCACUGUUGAUUUGCCAUGGAAACCCCUCUCCUCCCAGUCGCUCUGCUGCCAUAGCAACGUGCCGCUGGAGGUUCUGUGGCGGCAGCUCAGAAUUUGGACUGAGAUUGAUUUAGGGUCCGGACCACUGUCGGCUCCCAGCCAAUCAGGAAGCAGCAGCAGCAGCUGUACAAGUCAGCCAGUCCCCAGCAUGUCGGGAUAUAUGACCCAUAUCAGAUUCAGCCACACCCCUGACACACCCAUCUCUGCAGAGACUUUGGCCAUUGUAAUGUCUAAUAUCUGAUAUUUCUACUAUAUGUGUGUGUGUGUGUUGCGUGUGUGUGAGAGAGUGAGUGUGUGUGUGUGUGUGUGUAUGUGUGUUGCAGGGGAGUGUGUAUUGCAGAUGUGUGUGUGUGUGUGUGUGUGUGUGUGUGUGUGUGUGCGUGUGUGUGCGUGCGCGUGUAUUUCCAUGUGAGUGCAGAGAUGUGAACAGGAAAGACCAGGGAGAGUUUGAAGUGCCAGAGAAACUCCUUCUGCCACCCCUUUGAAGUGGAAUGACACUGCUAGGAUAAACCUGUCAUGCUCUCUCUCUCUCUCUCUUUCUUUCUCUUCUUUCUCGAUCUCUCUUUCUGCUCUCUGGGUAAUUCAUCUCUGUGGUCAUUCAGGUCCCUGUUUGCUGGACCGAUCUCUUACUUUUAUUGUGUUUUCCUUUAAUGGUGGACUGGACCUCAUCUUGUUAAGCAGAACCCCCAGCAAAGCUAUGACAACACCUGCUUUAUGACAUCACCACCUGUCAUAGCAACCCUGUAGCCAAUCAGUGAGCCAUUUCCUCUGGGCCAAGGAACGGAGUCUGACUCAUUUGUACUCCUCAUGUGUAUGUGUAUAUAUAAAUAUAUUUGUCUUUAUAUUUAAUAUAUAUAUUAUAUACAUAUAUAUUUGCACACAUCCAUGUGCGUAGGCAUGUGUGUGUGUGCUAUGGUUGAAACGUGGCUUUCAGCUCUGCUUUAGCUGUACACUGGAGUUAAUAAUCAAUAAUAAAUAUUUUAAAAUGGAUUAACAUUUGACACCGGA